CUGCUUAAAAGUAUUUUAGUCCUUGACUAUAUUUCGGGCCAUCUUGGAGAGAAGUCGUGACCCUAAGCGGCUGCGACCUUUACCAAUCUUGGACAGUUGGCGACACCUUUAUCAGAUAUGGAUGAACAGGAGAACACUACAAACCUAAUCAUCAAUUAUUUGCCCCAGACUCUCACAGAUGAGGAAUUUAUGUCCAUGUUUCUCUCCAUUGGCCCGAUCAAGUCUGCAAAAAUUGUCAGAGACAAAGCAACAAACUAUAGUUUUGGGUUUGGCUUUGUGGAAUACCACAGUCCACAGGAUGCAGAGAGGGCAAUCCAGACAUUGAACGGCUUACAGAUACAGAACAAGAUAAUCAAAGUAGCUUUAGCACGACCAGGUGGUGAGGCUUAUAAAGGAGCUAACCUGUACAUCAGGAAUGUCCCAAAACAUUUCAAAGAGGCUGAUUUAGAAGCACUGUUUGAUGGAUAUGGUGCUGUUGUUCAGUCUCGUGUAUUGAUUGACCUACAAACUGGCGAAUCUAAAGGUGUUGGAUUUGUGCUGUUUAGCAAGAAGUCAGAAGCUGAGGAAGCUAUAAUGGGAAUGAAUGGUAAACCACCAUGUGAUGGUGAGGUGCCACUUAUUGUUAAAUUUGCUGAUGAUAAUACAAAGAAACAACAACAGAACAUGUCUGGUGGUCAGCGUUAUAACCAACAGUCUACAGGUGGUGGCCAAGCAGGACCAAUGAGAAAUCCCCCAGGUAACAGGAUGAGGUUUAAUCCAAUGGGCAACCAAGCUAUAAACAAUUAUGGCCCAAAUAAUUACAGUGGUCCAAAUAUGAACUAUGGAAACAUGUAUGGUUAUGGCGCUCCCCAGGGCCCCCAUGGAUAUGGUGGGAGCAUGGGUGAGGGUCCAAAUUAUGGGGGAGGCCACGGAUCUGGAAGUCCUCUUGGUACAAGCCACUUGGCUCCUGGGGGUGGGUACAUUAUAUAUGCAUACAAUAUUGGAUAUGACUGCACAGAGAAAGAGCUUGCAGAACUAUUUGCUGAUUUUGGAACUGUGUCUAAGGUCAAUGUGAUAUAUGACCACCAGAGAGGCCAGUGUAAAGGGUAUGGAUUUGUUACUAUGACAAACUAUCGCGAGGCACAGAAUGCUAUACUUAAUCUGAACAGUUACGUCCACAAAGGGAGACAACUUUCUGUUUCCUUCAAAAAAUGAUGCAAUACUUUCCUUUCACAGAGGCAUUUAGAAAUAUAAUAUCAGUAAAAAUAGAUGUGAUUAAUUUACUGAACAUUUGGAAACAAUGCAUUCCAGUUGAGAUACAUAUUUGCCACAAUACGUAGUAAUCCUGAAUGGUUUAAGUAUUGGGGCAAAUACAUAAGAAUCUCAGGAAUGGAGCACUACUAUGUUAAAAAGCUGUUGACAAUAUUAUGAAGUUGUGAAACAAAAUGUAUGUUACUUUUAAUAUUUGUUAUAAAUUUGAAGAUAAAUGAUAGAAAAUCCUAAAUUUCUCUGAUUGCAGUACCAUUGACUUCAAUAUUUUUAAACAUGACAGGAUUUCACAGAAUGUCUUGUUCACAUAUGUUUACUUAUUCUUACACUGUAUAAUACUGUAUAGUUGUUUAAUUUCGCUGGGCUAAUAUUUGUUGUUGUCUGGAUUUGUGCUUGUUCCUGGGUACUAAAUUUUGUGCACGUCUGUGAACUGGUGUCCAUUUCUACAGAUGUAACAACAGGUAAUUUCGGAGAUUUUCAUUCAGUGUAAAAUAUUCAGUGGGUAUAUAAUUUUGCAUUAUCUUUAUUUACCAUGAAAAUAGCAAAAUGAAAUUCCCUGCUAAUAUUACCAACUAUACAGUGUCUUAUUUCUUUCUUUCUUAAUUUUAUUUAACUAGUUGUUGAAAUAUCUGGUUAAAUUUUGUGACUUGAAAACACAUUAUUAUUUUGUCAUGAUAUUCAUUCCCUGUGGUUUGAUUUUGUACUGAAUGCUCAAACAGUUAGAGUGAUGUACUAAUUAAGAUUGUGAAGAUAUGUAGGGACGAAUUUGAAUUUUUUUUCACUUGUUGAAUAGAAUUUGCAAAUUCAGUUUUUUCCUCUUCAAAACUUUGACAUACCAGCCAUGAUGGCCAUUUUUAAACAUGACUGUGUCAUCAUGAUUUACCUGAAUAACACAUUUUUAAACUUCUCCUUUUCCACUAGUUGGAUUCAGCUGAAAUGUGCAUGCACAGAUCCUGAGAUGCUGACAUUAAGGAAAGAAGAGACAAUAAAGGGCUAUUUUUUUUAACCUUCUCAACACUUUGACAUAGCAGGCACGGCUCAUAACCCCAUUUUCUAACAUGAUUAUGCAAUCAUUUUUUAUCUGAACAACACCUGUUUCAAACUCCUCCAGUUGUGCCUGAAAUGAUACUGAGAUGGUCCUUACCAAGACGUGUUCUUUUUCAAAUCAAUCUGAAAUCUAGUAGAUUUUAAGUCUCUCCAGUGCCACUGAGCUGAAAUUGUUAUGGAAUGUUGAGAAACUGGAAUGAUGAGAGUGUUGUGGUUUUUGUUACAUUUACAAAUAGAAUUCAGAACUGUCUUAAAUAUUUGAUAAUUGUUUCCACUGCCAUUACUGUUAUUAUAUAAUUUACAGGUUUUUAUAAUCAGAUAACAUUGGCUGGAGACAUUUUAGUUUGAUGUACAUGUAGUUGCUAUAAUAUUGUCUUCCAUGUUACAUGCUUGGCAGAGUUUUUUCUUGUCACAGGAUGAAAAAGGAUGUACGUGUACCAUAAUUAUGCUGACCUUGAAGUUUAAAUAACAUAUUGAUGUAAGUGAUCCAAGCGGUGCUUACUUUAGUCUGAAGUAAUUGUUUUGGCUCAUUAAUUGUGAUACUGACAUAUGAGGAAAUAAUCUCUCUUCUAUUUUCUUCACCUUGGUUAGCUAAUUUUCUUUACCUUGAUUUGUCAGUUUUCCUUACCUAGAAUUGCCAGUUUUCUUAACAUCGUCUAAGCAAUUUUCUUCACCUUGGUAAGCCAGUUUCCUUAACCUAGGUUAUCCAGUUUUUUUAAUCUUGAUAGCUAGUUUUCUAAACCUAGAUUAACCAUUUUUCUUUACCUGUGUAAGCCAGUUUUCUUUAGGUAUAGGUUAGCCAGU